GGAAAGCCACACCAGUGACCGAGUGGAGACCUAUGGCAGGAACCCUUCCCAGCCCAGCACUAAAGCCUGGUCAGUGGACCUGGAAGCUGAAUGGAUGAAGUGGGAGUGUGGAAUGCCUCAUCCCAGACCCUCACUCCUGUACAACAUGGAGAAACUGCCAGAGAAAGAUCUAGGCCACAAGGCCAAAGUCAAAGAUAGGUGAUCUUUAACACAGAUUAUUGCAGCCUGCUCAGGACACGUCCACUCCUCCGAGCCAUGGAUGCCGCCCUGCUCCUCAAUGUGGAAGGGAUCAAGAAAACUAUUCUUCACGGGGGUACGGGGGACCUGCCCAACUUCAUCAAUGGGUCUCGAGUGACCUUUCACUUCCGGACCAUGAAAUGCGAUGAAGAUCGGACAGUGAUAGAUGACAGCAGGCAGGUGGGCCACCCCAUGCACAUCAUCAUCGGGAACAUGUUCAAGCUGGAGGUCUGGGAAAUCCUGCUGACGUCCAUGCGGCUCAGCGAGGUGGCCGAGUUCUGGUGUGACACCAUCCACACGGGGGUCUACCCCAUCCUGUCACGGAGCCUGCGGCAGAUGGCCGAGGGCAAGGACCCCACUGAGUGGCACGUGCACACGUGCGGACUGGCCAACAUGUUCGCCUACCACACGCUGGGCUAUGAGGACCUGGACGAACUGCAGAAGGAGCCGCAACCCCUGAUCUUCGUGAUUGAGCUGCUGCAGGUCGAGGCUCCGAGUGAGUACCAGAGGGAGACCUGGAACCUGAGCGCCCAGGAGAAGAUGCAGGCGGCGCCCAUCCUCCACGGAGAAGGAAACCGACUCUUCAAGCUGGGCCGUUAUGAGGAGGCCUCCACCAAGUACCAGGAGGCGAUCGUGUGCUUGCGGAACCUGCAGACCAAGGAGAAGCCCUGGGAGGUGCAGUGGCUGAAGCUGGAAAAGAUGAUCAAUACUCUAAUCCUCAACUACUGCCAGUGUCUGCUGAAGAAGGAGGAAUACUACGAGGUGCUGGAGCACACCAGCGACAUCUUGCGUCACCACCCAGGCAUCGGGAAGGCCUACUACGUGCGGGCCCGGGCCCACGCGGAGGUGUGGAACGAGGCGGAGGCCAAGGCGGACCUGGAGAAAGUGCUGGAGCUGGAGCCGUCCAUGCGCAAGGCGGUGCACCGUGAGCUGCGGCUGCUGGAGAACCGCCUGGAGGAGAAGCGCGAGGAGGAGCGGCUGCGCUGCCGGAACAUGCUGGGCUAGUGCCGGCCUGCACCCCGCCUCGCCCUGGUUCCCCGCCUUGCCAGGGAAGCUACUCCUGCGUUGCCAGUUCCGUCAUCCUCUCCAUCUUUUCCUCCUACAAGAUACCUGCCCUGCCCUGCCCUGCACUGACCCUGACC